AGCUGUAAGUACUGAUGUAUUAGGGUGCAGCGCUCAUUGUUCAUUGACGCACAGAGUCCCAAAAUGAAUGUCCAAGAGCAGGGUUUCCCCUUGGACCUUGGAGCAAGUUUCACUGAAGAUGCCCCCCGGCCCCCAGUGCCUGGUGAGGAGGGAGAAUUGGCAUCCACAGAUCCACGGCCUGUCAGCCACAGUUUCUGCUCUGGGAAGGGUGCUGGCAUUAAAGGUGAGACAUCGACAGCGACUCCAAGGCGUGCGGAUCUGGACCUGGGUUAUGAGCCCGAGGGCAGCGCUUCACCCACCCCACCGUACUUGAAGUGGGCUGAGUCCUUGCACUCCCUACUGGAUGACCAAGAUGGGAUAAGCCUGUUCAGGACUUUCCUGAAGCAGGAGGGCUGUGCAGACCUGCUGGACUUCUGGUUUGCCUGCAGUGGCUUCAGGAAGCUGGAGCCCUGUGACUCAAAUGAGGAAAAGAGGCUGAAGCUGGCAAGAGCUAUCUACCGAAAGUAUAUUCUUGAUAAUAGUGGCAUCGUGUCCCGCCAGACCAAGCCAGCCACCAAGAGCUUCAUAAAGGACUGCAUCGUGAAGCAGCAGAUCGACCCUGCCAUGUUUGACCAGGCCCAGACAGAAAUCCAGGCCACCAUGGAGGAGAACACCUACCCCUCCUUCCUCAAGUCCGAUAUUUAUUUGGAGUAUACGAGGACAGGCUCAGAGAGCCCAAAGGUCUGUAGUGACCAGAGCUCUGGGUCAGGGACAGGGAAGGGCAUGUCUGGAUACCUCCCCACUUUAAACGAGGAUGAGGAAUGGAAAUGUGACCAAGACUUGGAGGAGGAUGGUGGCAGAGACCCUGCUCCACCCAGCAGGCUCACUCAGAAGCUGCUCCUGGAGACAGCUGCCCCGAGGGCCUCCUCCAGUAGACGGUACAGCGAAGGCAGAGAGUUCAGGUAUGGAUCCUGGAGGGAGCCAGUCAACUCCUGCUACGUCAAUGCCGGCUAUGCCCUGGCCCCAGCCACCAGUGCCAAUGACAGUGAGCAGCAGAGCCUGUCCAGUGAUGCAGACACCCUGUCCCUCACAGACAGCAGCGUGGAUGGGAUCCCGCCGUAUAGGAUCCGCAAGCAGCACCGCAGGGAGAUGCAGGAAAGUGUGCAGGUCAACGGGAGGGUGCCUCUCCCUCAUAUCCCUCGCACCUACCGAGUGCCAAAGGAGAUCCGCGUGGAGCCGCAAAAGUUUGCUGAGGAGCUCAUCCACCGUUUGGAAGCUGUACAGCGCACUCGGGAAGCUGAGGAGAAGCUGGAAGAGCGGUUGAAGCGCGUGCGAAUGGAGGAAGAAGGUGAUGAUGGUGAUCUCUCCUCUGGCCCCCUGGGGACAAGUCACAAACUGCCUCCUGUCCCUGCCUGGCACCAUUUCCAACCCCGCUAUGUGGACAUGGGCUGCGUUGGGCUUCGGGACGCACACGAGGAGAACCCCGAGAGCAUCCUGGACGAGCACGUGCAGCGGGUCCUCAGGACACCUGGCUGCCAAUCGCCUGGACCUGGUCACCGCUCCCCUGACAGUGGGCACAUGGCUAAGAUGGCAACAGUGCUAGUGGGUGGAGUCUCUGGGCACAGUAAACAUCUGCCCAAGUCAGCAGCAAAGCUGGACACGGCUGGCCUGCACCACCAUAGGCACAUCCACCACCAUGUCCACCACAGCACAGCCAGGCCCAAGGAACAGAUCGAGGCUGAGGCCACCCGCAGGGUUCAAGGCAGCUUCACAUGGGGCCCAGAGCCACACAGCCAUGGAGCCAAGCCCCGCAGCUACUCAGAGAGUAUGGGCACUACCCCAGGCGCUGGUGACAGCCUGGCCCACAGUGGGAAAGCAGGCGUGCCCUCCAAAAGAAAUGCCAAGAAGACUGACUCGGGGAAGGGCGCUAGUGUUGAGGUGCCUGGGCCCUCUGAGGACGCAGAGAAGAACCAGAAGAUCAUGCAGUGGAUCAUCGAGGGGGAGAAGGAGAUCAGCAGACACAGGAAGGCUGGCCACGGGUCUUCUGGGGCAAGGAAGCCACAGGCCCAUGAGAGCUCCAGGCCCGUGUCCCUUGAGCGCCCUGGAACCGUGCACCCCUGGGCUGGCACUCAGCUCCGGGCCUCUGUGCAGCCCUCCCACCUCUUCAUCCAAGACCCUACCAUGCCACCCCAUCCAGCCCCCAACCCAUUGACGCAGCUAGAGGAGGCCCGCCGGCGGCUGGAGGAGGAGGAGAAAAGAGCUAGCCGGCCACCUUCCAAGCAGAGGUAUGUGCAGGCGGUCAUGCGGCGGGGACGCACCUGCGUCAGGCCAGUGUGCCUGCCAGUGUUGAGUGAGGUGCCAGCCGUGUCGGACAUGGAGCUCUCCGAGACUGAGACAAAAUCACAGAGGAAGACAGGCGGCGGGAAUGCCCAGUCUUGCGACAGCAUCGUGGUGGCUUACUACUUCUGUGGGGAACCCAUCCCCUACCGGACUCUGGUGAGGGGCCGUGCAGUCACCCUGGGCCAAUUCAAGGAACUGCUGACCAAAAAGGGCAGCUACAGAUACUACUUCAAGAAAGUGAGUGAUGAGUUUGACUGUGGAGUGGUAUUUGAGGAAGUUCGAGAAGAUGAGGCUGUCCUGCCUGUCUUUGAGGAGAAGAUCAUUGGCAAGGUGGAGAAGGUGGACUGACCAGCGCUGUGCCAUGAGAACACACUGUCACAGCACAUAGCACAUCAGAACCAGGGGCCACCCUGAUGUGUGCAGCAGAUGCGGGCACAGGGCAGGGCAAGGUGUGCUGUCCCUCAGUCCACCUAUAUCUUGGUGGGCAGGGCCUCUGAGUGUCCUCCACUGAGGACGGCCCCUCAUGCCCCACAGCCAUGCUCAGAGAGCCUGGCCCUGCUGCUGUCCUCAGGCAGGGUUCACAUGUGGGUGUCUACUCUCCCUCUGGGACUUCCCUGUUCUGGUCAGGCCCAGCUCCAGGCCUGGGUGUAGGGGGCCUGCAGGGGUCUCUGUAAAUUGUACAUGUCACCGAGUGCCUUUAACACAGCGUGUCUCUUCCUGCCACUGUGUGAACCCAGCAACAGAGCACCUGGGCCUGUCUCCAACUGCACUGCUCAGCGGUCCGGGUCCCCGCCUUCUGAGGGCCCUGUAAAUAUGUACAUUUCUCAGGCCAGGGCCAGCAGGGGGCUGCCCGAGCCCAUUUUUCAUGCAAUGAUGUGUACAAUUAUCUUUUCAAAGGUACUUGGAUAAUAAUGAAAUAAAACACUUUUGAACCUGC